AUGUGGGCGGCCGGCGGCGGGAGGGAGUCCGCCGCGGCCGCUGUGCUGCGGGUGCUGCUGAUCGCGACCGCCUGCGGCCUCGUCUUCGCGCUCCUCCACCUCCCGCUCCCCGACGGCCGCGCCCGCUCCGCCGGCCCCGGCGGUGGGGAGCGCGGCGCUGGUGGGGGCGGUGGGGCCCGCCUGUCGGUGCACCAGGGGCGGAUUCGAGAGGCCAGAAGGCUGAGUGUCGUCACCGAAGAGAUAGACGGGCAAACUGAUGAAACUGCGGCGGAAGAAGAUGAAAGGAUAUCUAAAUCUCCCCCGGACACUAAAGAAAAGAUAUGGAUGAUGCAAGAUCAGCUAAUCAUGGCGAAGGCAUACUUGCAUUUUGCUUCUCCCCAAGGUAGUGUACAUUUAGUUCGAGAACUGAAAUUGAGGAUAAAAGAGAUCGAAAGGGCAAUAAGCCACUCAAGUGGAGGUACCCAUGUACCUGGGAGUGCGUUGCAAAAAAUGAAGGCGAUGGAGAUGACCCUUUCCAAGGCUCAGAUGACCUACCCACGUUGCUCUCAGAUGACAUCAAAGCUACGUGCAAUGAUGCAUAACAGUGAAGAAUUGGUCAGAGCACACCAAAGUGAAUCUUCAUUCCUCGAGCAGGUUGCUGUGAGGACAUUACCCAAAGGCCAUCACUGCCUAGCAAUGCAACUUACCGAAGAAUACUUUUCGUUAGAUCCCAUUAAACGCGAAUUCCCUAAAAGAGACAGCAUGCAGUUGGAUGGUUAUUAUCAUUAUGCAAUAUUCUCAGACAAUGUGCUUGCAAGUGCUGUGGUUGUCAACUCUACAAUUGCUGCAUCAAAGGAUCCUGGAAGGAUAAUAUUACAUAUUGUAACUGAUGCAUUGAACUAUCCUGCAAUGAUGAUGUGGUUUCUGACAAACCCACCAACUCCAGCAGCAAUCCAAAUCAAAAGCCUAGAUGAUUUGAAAUGGUUGCCUGGUGAUUUCAGUUCCAGAUUCAAGCUGAAGGGUGUUCGAGAUCCAAGAUACACUUCUGCACUUAACCACUUGCGUUUUUAUUUGCCAGAAGUGUUUCCCUCUUUGAGCAAGGUUGUACUCUUGGACCAUGAUGUGGUAGUCCAGAAUGACUUAACUGGAUUAUGGUAUCUAGAUUUGAAGGGUAAAGUAAUUGGUGCUGUUGAGACGUGCACUUCAAGUGAAGGUUUCCAUCGAUUGGAUAGCCUUGUGGACUUUUCUAAUCCAAACAUCUUCAACAAACUUGACCCAAAGGCUUGUGCAUUUGCAUUUGGGAUGAACAUAUUUGACCUGAAUGAAUGGCGCAAACAGGAUUUGACUACAACUUAUCAUAAAUGGUUUCAACUGGGAAAAAUUCAGAAGUUAUGGAAGGCAGGAAGCUUGCCACUGGGUCAGAUCAUCUUCUACAACAGAACACUGCCUCUGGACCGCCGAUGGCAUGUUCUAGGGCUUGGCCAUGACUUCAGCAGAGGAAGAGAUGAACUUGAGAGUGCCUCUGUCAUCCACUACAGUGGGAAACUCAAACCCUGGCUAGAGAUUUCUAUCCCGAAGUACAGAGAUUACUGGAACAGGUACCUUAACUAUGAUAAGCCACAUUUGCAGCAGUGCAACAUUCACGGAUAG